UUUUCAUUCCCGAACAAACCACCAGAGGGAGGUGUCGCUAGGAGCCGCGCUGUCGUCUUCACUGGCUCUCACAUGAUUACGCAAUCACAACAAACGACGACAAGCUGUACAGACAAAUGUUGACAGUCACGGACACACUCUGUUCCCUCCAUUCCCUGAUGCUUUGGGCCGUGGCUUAUGAGUUCGAUGUAGAAGCGAACUUUAACGAAUCUCCGGAGGGGCAGCAACCGCUGCCGCUGGUCCGAUCUCUGGUUAGCCGGAUACCGGCGCACGUGGUGUUCUGUAACCGCAGUCCGCGAGUUGUAAAGCCCGUCUGGAUCAACUUCCGUGGGGAGCCGCAGCCAUACGUAGAUAUUCAGCCGUACACCGGAAAAAGAAUGGAAACUUAUGACAUCCAUGGAUGUUUCGGGAUGCAGAAACUGAUGAUCCAAUGGUAGUCAGUAAUAAAGAGAUGUAUUUGCCACCCCA